AUGAACGGCUCCGGUAGCCCGUACGGCCAGCCGCCCGCGGCUUGGCAGGAGCAUCGCACGCCUGACGGCAGAGCCUACUAUUACAACCCCGCGACGAAGGUCACGCAAUGGACCAAACCCGAGGACAUGAUGACGUCUGCUGAGAGAGCGCUUGCCAAUCAGCCGUGGAAGGAGUAUACUGCCGAAGGCGGUCGCAAGUACUGGUACAACACCGAGACGAAGACGAGCUCAUGGGAGAUGCCCGAGGCGUAUAAGGCCGCUUUGGGAGCUACCAAUGGUCCGGCCAUAUCUGCGCCCACGAAUGAUCGAGGUUACGACCGAGGAGGACCUUCUGGUGGGUACUCCAACUCCGGAUAUGACUCUUACCGUGGCGACCAUCGCGAUCGCGACCGUGAUCGUGAAACAUUCCCCGAAUCGCGCCAGUUGACGUAUGGAAACGACACAAACGCAAAGGCGUUCGUUCCCGCCAGCAAUGAGCCCGAAUUUGCUACGCAGGAGGAAGCCGAAGCUGCUUUCUCUAAGCUGCUGAAGCGUAGUGGUGUACAACCCGACUGGACAUGGGAGCAGACGCUGCGAGCCAUUGCGAAGGACCCUCAGUAUCGGGCGAUAAAGGAUCCGAAGGAUCGCAAGGCAGCGUUCGAGAAGUACUGCGAUGACAUGAUCGUCCAAGACAAGGAGCGCGCAAAGGAGAGACUGACGAAGCUUCGUACUGACUUCGAGACCAUGCUUAAGCGUCAUCCCGAGAUCAAGCACUACACCCGGUGGAAGACGGCACGACCCAUGAUCGAAGGCGAGACCAUUUUCCGGUCUACCAAUAACGAAUCCGAGCGCCGUCAGCUCUUCGAGGAGUACAUCAUCGAACUCAAGAAGGCGCACACGGAGAACCAGGCCGCCAUGCGCAAGACCGCUAUGGACGGCUUGAUUGAUUUGCUGCCAAAGCUCAACCUGGAGCCUUACACACGCUGGUCGGACGCCCAAGGGCUUAUUUCAUCCACGGCACCUUUCCAAAAUGAUGAGAAGUACAUGACCCUGAGCAAGUUUGACAUCCUGAUUGCAUUCCAAAACCACAUGAAGGCUUUGGAACGUGCUUUCAACGACUCUAAGCAGGAGCAGAAGAACAAGAAGUUCCGUAAAGAGCGCAAGGCUCGUGACGCCUUCCUUUCGCUCCUUAAUGAGCUUAGGAGAGACGGCAAGAUCAAUGCCGGCACAAAGUGGCGCCUGAUUCACCCCCUCAUUGAGAACGACGAUCGCUACAAGAACAUGGCCGGCCAGGGCGGCUCUACACCCCAGGAACUAUUUUGGGACCUCGUUGAAGAGGAGGAAAAAGCCAUCCGCGGUGCCAAGAAUGACGUGGGGGAUGUCCUUGAAGAUGAGCAGUUUGAUGUCACCCCCAAGACUACUUUUGAGGAGUUCCACGCCGUUAUCAAGAAGAAUCGACGAACUGCUAACAUUGAUCGUGAAACGCUUAUGGUUAUUUUCGAACGGGUAAGGCUGUCUCAACUCAAUCGUUUAUCGCCGCAGCUGAUGUUUGUGCAGAUCAAGGAGAGACGGUCCUCCAAGCGUUCCGAGGAGGAGCGCCAAUCCGAGCGACAACAGCGGAGAGCGGCCGAUGAUCUCCGGGCAUACUUUAAACGUAUGGAUCCCCCCAUCACAUUGGAUGACACGUACGAGAAGGUCAAAUCUCGCCUUGCGGAUAUCCCUGCCUACCUGGCAGUCACCUCGGAAGAGGCGCGCAUCUCAGCCUUUGACAGGCACAUGAAACGACUCCGUGAGAAGGAGGAAGAGGCUGAUCGCGACCGCCGCCGGCGCCGUGGCCGCGACUCUAGCGAACGCGAUCUGUACCGUGAGAGACCCCGAUCUAGAGGUGAGCGAUCUCAUCGUAGCAGUGGCCGUGCUACUAGGCGAAGUCGUAGCCCAGAGCCAGACGCAUACGAGGCGGAUAGGCGUAAAGCCAUUGCAGAGCGCGAGCGCAACCACCGCAAGUCGACCAUGGCCGAGAGCCUUCUUUCGGAUCGCGACCGCCGCUUAUCGCCACCUCCCCGCCGCGAGAGGGAGCGUGAGCGUGAGCGGGACAGAGAUCGCGAGCGCGACCGAGACCGCGACUAUGACCGUCAUCGUUCCCGCCGCGAUGAUGAUGGCCACUACGACCGCGAAAGGAGGGACAGGGAAGAGGAGCGCGAGAGACUUUACCGACGACGAAUGGGAUCGUACGAUGAGCUCCCUUAUGGGGACGAGCGCCCAUCUGGAUCUCGGCGUCGCCGCGAGGAAGAUGAGGAUGACCGUCGCGAUUCCAGAGAUUCAAAGAGAGUCAGGAGAGAAAGAACACCCCGUGAGCGCACCCCCCAACGUGAUACACGCACCAAAAACAGGACUCCGCCCCCGGCCGCAGCUCCCGCUGCUGCGAGCAGCAACGAAGACAAGGGCAAGAAUAACAAGGACGACGCUGGGGUCCACUCUGGCUCCGAGGAAGGCGAAAUCGAGGAAGAUUGA